UUGGUCCCAACUCGCACGUUUUUGCCGUAAACAAACCUUUUCUCUCUUGAUUAAAACAGUUUUAAGGCAUAAAACCACACAAGAUGUCGUCGUGGAAGAAGGCGACAAAGAGCAACCAAAAAGUGCACCGGGAACGCCACCAGCCGGAGGCGCGCCAGCAUCUGGGUUUCCUCGAGAAGAAGAAGGAUUACAAGAAGCGAGCGCUCGAUGCACAGAAAAAGGAGAAAACCCUGAAGUUGCUGUAUCGGCGGGCGCAGAACAAGAAUCCGGAUGAGUUCUACCAUCACAUGAUCAACUCGAAGCUGACCAACGAUGAGCAUCGCGAGAAGGACAAGGAGGACGAGCAUACGCCCGAGCAGGUGGCCCUGAUGCAGACGCAGGAUCUCAAGUAUGUGGUGAUGAAGCGCACCGUGGAGCGGCGAAAGAUCGAACGCCUCAAGGUCGAGCUGGUGGACAUCGAUGCCAGUGCGUCCAACAAGCGGUAUACGUUCGACGAGCAGGGCAAGAAGCAACAGGCAGCGGUUAGCCUGGGUGAACGCCUCCAAGAAUCCGAGCAGGCAAUGAAAACACCGACGCCAAACUCGACUCGGCAGCAGCGCAUCAACGAGCUGAAGAAGAGGGAGAUACGCGAACGGGAGCUUGGCAUCGUCCAGAACAAGAUACAGCUAAAGAAUACACUCAAGCAGCAGCGUCUUCUCAAGCCAAGAAAAGUGAAAGCUGGUACCAAGGACAGUGCGCCAGUCUAUAGAUUCCGCUACGAGCGCAAGAAAUGAGCAGACACAAUACAGCAUCCGCUGUAGGCCCUUAAGCGUAUAUACAGUUUUUUUCGUUUGUAAUAAAACCAUUAGUUUUAAA